CACCAGUCACCACUCACAUACCAUUUCAUUUUUGUCUGACCUUUCAAAGGUCGCCGCGGGUUCGCACCUUCUUUCUCUCGAUGGUUCGCAAAAGCCAACAAGUAGCCAAAGGCUUCCAAUGGGCCAAGGCUCAGAAGUUUCUCGCGAAAGUGGGAUUUGUAAAAGAAGAUUACGUCCUGUGGAAGCACGUUGGGAAAUGUUUGCUAUAUGCCUACACGCUGUGCGGCCUCGUGUGGCUCUACAACGAGACGUCCCCGCUCGGUUGGUUUCAAUUAAGGCAUCGGCCGAAAGAAGAGAAAGAGCUGGCCCACCUCUAUGAGCGAAGGCAGUUUCCAUACCCGGGCGACAAAGAAGCCAUGGAAGAGUUCAUUGCCAAAGGAGGCAUGAUCGGCACGACGAUUGGUCCCAAAGGUGAUAUUGAAUCCGAUGGUUCGGAUGAUUAUCAUGCGCAGUUACAGAGGCAGAAGUUGGGACAAGAGGCACUGAAGCUGUGGAUGAGGAUGAGGAACGAAGUCAUCUCAGAGCUUCAGGAGAAAGGGUACGAUGUUGAGUGAAUGUUGUUCAUUAAUUUUGUUGUUUGAUGGAGUUUGGGUUUCGUUUGGUCGUUGAGAAAGCUUAGGAAAAUAAGGGAAAGAAACUUCUGAACCUUAUAUUUUUAUGAUACUGUUUCUAAUAAAUUGCUCUGUGAUUUUCGUGAAAAUAGGCAAACUCAUGUUUGUACUGUUCAAUAUUUUGUUUGAUAAGGAAAUAGGUUAUUUAGACA